AUGGGUGAAGAGGGAAUUGAGGAACGAGAAUUCUAUCCCAAGGACCCACCAUGGUUUCGAACGUGGAUGAUACCGAUCUUGGUAGCAUCUAUUUUUGGUUUUUUAGGUAUUAUUGGUAUAUAUCACCGGUGUCGUUCUUGUCGUCAAAGAGAAAAAUCACCAAGCAUUCAUCCAAUUACAGAUAGUCCUUGA